CCCAACAUCGACUCCUUUCAGCGGGGCGUGGACUAGCUCGACCAGUCCCUGCUCCUACGGUACAGAAGACGGCAGACUUUCUCAAGAAAGAACAAAAAAGGGAAAGAAGAGGGGGAAAAAGGUGACUGAGAAGAAAUUUCAUGGCUCUAUGUUUCCGACUUUAAAAGAGACCGAAGGAGCAGAGCUUCAGCCUGAAACACAACCAUGGAUGACAUUUUCACACAGUGUCGAGAAGGGAACUCAGUAGCUGUCCGUCUGUGGUUAGACAACACGGAAAAUGACCUGAACCUGGGUGACGACCAUGGCUUUAGCCCCCUGCACUGGGCCUGCAGAGAAGGGCGGAGCGGCGUUGUCGACAUGCUGAUUAUGAGAGGGGGGCGCAUCAAUGUGAUGAACCGUGGAGACGAUACCCCCCUACAUCUCGCUGCAAGUCAUGGGCACAGAGACAUUGUGGCUAAGCUGAUUCAGUGCAAAGCAGAUCCCAAUACAGUCAACGAGCAUGGAAACACGCCGCUCCACUACGCCUGCUUCUGGGGGCAUGAUGAAGUUGCAGAGGACUUGGUAGCCAGCGGUGCUCAGGUGUGUGUGUGCAACAGGUACGGACAAACACCUAUGGACAAGGCCAAACCUCACUUGAAACAGCUGCUGCAAGAAAAGGCAGAGAAAAUGGGCCAGAGCUUGAGCAAAAUCCCAUACAAGGAAACCUUCUGGAAGGGCACGAUGAGGACACGGCCCCGUAACGGUACCCUUAACAAGCAAGCUGGUAUCGAUUAUAAGCAGCUUUCGCUCCUGGCGAAGAUCAAUGAGAACCAGUCUGGGGAGUUGUGGCAGGGAAGGUGGCAGGGCGAUGAGAUCGUAGUGAAGGUGCUGCAGGUGAGAGACUGGACCACCAGGAAGAGCAGAGACUUCAACGAGGAGCAUCCCAAACUCAGGAUCUUUUCUCAUCCAAACAUUCUGCCUGUCCUCGGAGCCUGUCAGUCGCCCCCAUCCCCUCAGCCCAUCAUCAUUACCCACUUCAUGCCUUAUGGAUCCCUGUUCAACAUCCUCCACCAGGGCACUACUUUGGUGGUUGAUCAGAGCCAAGCGGUGAAGUUUGCCCUGGACAUUGCCAGUGGCAUGGCCUUCCUCCAUACCUUAGAGCCAAUGGUUUCACGGCUUUACCUCAACAGUAAACACAUCAUGAUUGAUGAGGACAUGACGGCUAGAAUAAGCAUGGCGGAUGCAAAGCUCUCCUUCCAGUGUCCAGGCCGUAUGUACUCUCCAGCCUGGAUGGCUCCUGAGGCACUGCAGAAGAGGCCUGAAGACAUCAACAGAAGAUCUGCUGACAUGUGGAGCUUCGCCGUGUUGCUGUGGGAGCUGGUUACCAGAGAGGUCCCCUUUGCUGAUCUCUCAAACAUGGAGAUAGGCAUGAAGGUAGCUCUCGAGGGACUCCGGCCAACCAUCCCACCAGGAAUCUCUCCUCACAUCUGUAAGCUGAUGAGGCUAUGCAUGAACGAAGACCCGGCCAAGAGGCCCAAGUUUGAUAUGAUCGUUCCCAUCCUGGAGAAGAUGCAGGAGAAAUGAAUCUCCCGGUAGCGACUGGUUCAGCUAUGUUGAGUUUUAUUAUCAAACCACUCGUUCUUUUGCUUCACCCCAGCUAUCAUGUAUCAGCCAAACGCCACUGUAAAUAAAGGCAAAAACCACUGAAGCAACCCA